UGUGGGAGUCAUAAAGCCACGGUAAAGGCUUGUAAUAUUGCAGGGUGCCCCCUGACCUUGGCUGACCAGCACUCUGAGCUUUACAAUGUAUUGGAAUGUAUUGGAGCUGUGUUUCCUCUGGGCAGUGAUUGACCUUAUACGGUGAAGGGGGCAAUAAAAGCCUUGACCGGAUGAGGUAACGUGAGACACUGGCAAACAGCCAUGCGGCUGGAGAGGGACAAAGGAAUAAAGAAGUUUGCAGGAGGAGGAGAGGGAAGUUCGAGAGGAGCUGCUCCUACCAUCAUGAAAAUAUUGCUGGCUCUCUGUGUCAUAAUUUUAUGCUAAACUUCGCCACUUUGUCACGGCUGGCUCCGACAAGUGGUGCCCCGUGUGAGGCUGAAUAAAAGAAUACGUCUGAGGACUAAGAGGAAGAGGAUUUUAAAAGAAAACCGUGUGAGGCAACUUGAAGAAAACAGUCUGAGGCAGACUAAGAGGAUUUUAAAAGGAAACCGUGUGAGGUUUAUCGAUCCUAGCAAAGGAUAUCAUCGGCUCACUACGCCCGGCCAGGGUUUCAAGCGCUAUUCAUCUUAAAAAGAUCCCGGUGAGUUCCGAUCCCUUAUUUAUAUUGAUUUUAGAAAAAUGGGCAGCUCUUUGUCUGCUCCCCAACAGAAAUUUUUAAAAGACUUAAAAUUUCUCCUCUCCUCCAACGAAUUGGAAGUUCCUGAUGGUGAUUUAAUAUAGCUCAUUCUGGCUAUCAAAGAGCAUUCCCCCUGGUUUCCUGCAGAUGGGACUUGGGAAUUAAAACUUUGGGACAAGAUCGGGGAACAUUUUCAUGGGCACCCCAGCAUAAGUGUUCGGAUUCUAAAUGCAUGGUGCAAGGUUCGUUAUGCCAUGGACUCUUUAUCACCAAAAAAUAUCUCUAUGGCUGCAUUGCCAACACAACCUCCAGCUUCCUUACUCCAGCCUGCUGUGUUAGAGACUGUUCCAAUACUUGCUUUGCCAGUAGCUCCAGACCCCAAACCUCCAGACUACAGUUCCUCACCAGAGGACCCAAUCCUGCAAAAAUACCGUGGUCUGGCUGGCAAUGAUCCUAAUCUUUCAGUGGCAGAACCAGCUACUCCUUUUCAAUGUGCAGUCCUUGGCUGUUCCUUAAUUCAGGAUACUAUGGCAUUCCCUGUUAUUGUGCCCCCUGCUGGCGCUCCAGCAGGAACUCAAGCCCAACACCAACCUUUUGACUUUAAGAUUUUGAAAGAGCUGCAACAGUCAGUAAAGGCAAAUGGACUACAAGCCCCAUAUACGCAGGCGCUUUUAGAAGCCACAUUAGCCCAGCUCUUGGUUCCAGAGGCCCAUACAGUGUUACCCCCAUCAGCUGGUGUUUUGUUUGCCCACGAAUGGGAAACUGCCUGCCGUGCUUAUGCUCCAGCUUUGUUACAACAAGUCAGAGGAAAUAAUCCAAAUGUUACCCUCGCAGAUGUCUUAGAUGCCAUGUUGGGGCGUGGUCCCUUCGCUCAAGCUUCAGUGCAAGCCACACUGCUGCAAAUCUUAUUGAGGGACACUGCUCUUGCUGCUAAACAAGCAAUGAGAAAAAUCCCAGAACCCACCAGUAUUCAAUCAAGGUGGGGUUCAAUCAGGCAAGAGGCAAGAGAAUCAUAUUCUUCCUUUAUGGACAGGCUGCUUACAGCAGUGAGUCGCCAAAUUGAAAAUCCUGAAGCCAAACAAAUAAUUAUCAAACAAUUGACCUUUGAAAAUGCCAAUGAGGAUUGUAAACUUGUGUUGCGACUGAUAAUACACAAUCCUGCCACAGACACAGCAGCCAUGCUUCGCAUUUGUCAGUCUGUAGUUAAAGCCACCCACAAGGCUUAUCUGCUGGCAGCAGCGCUAAAUGAAAACCAGCCUGUAGCCACCAAUACAACUUGUUUCCAGGGUGGCAAACCAGGAUCACCGAUACCCCAGUGGGGGUAGAACAGUGGCCUCUACC